GCUCGAAAGUCCACGCUAUCCACUGUACUCUUUCUUUCUCUCCAGCUUGGGUUCGACGGCAGUAGAUUCAGUUGGCAGGAUGUCAUCCGCAAAGUGCAUGAGUGGAUUUUCGGACGCGGUGGAUUGGCGUCCCAUUGAAUUUGUUAACCUUCCUUCAGUGCGAUCGUGUUCUUUGUGUCACGUGGUCCCAAGAGAGACGUUCAUCCUGGAAUGUUUCCACGCACUCUGUAACCCGUGUUACCGAGCACUUCUGCAAGGCAGCCGACUUUGUCCUUUAGACGGUGGACCAAUUCAAAAAGAGGAAGUGGAGGCACUUACCUUCAAACCAAGCCAUCUUAAGAAACAGAAAAUGCGCUGCUGCAACUCCGGUCACGGAUGCGAAUUUGUUGGAGUUUUAGACGAAGUGACGACUCAUUUCAUGAAGCAUUGUGAUUUCCAUGUUGUGCCGUGUAACGCAUGCAAUACUGUUGUGCUGCGCAAUGAUAUGGUCCGUCAUUACAGUGAGGGGCGAUGUCGUGCUGCAAGAUCAUCAACGAACGACGGAAGCCAGGUCAGCAACAACGAGAACAUUGCCGACACUGAAAGGAAGAUGAACGUUGCUUUGGACGCUGCCAUGGAGAGACUAUGCGCGAUUGAGACGCAGCUCAGUGUUCACACUGUUAGCAUCGACGAUGCAAAGCAACGCGUAUCGGCGAAUGCGCAGGCGUUAAACCGACUCCUUAACAUGCAGGAGGAAACAUCUGGUGCCAUGAUACAUCAGAUCGAAGAAUUAUCGAAAUGCGUGGAUGCCGGAAAGCGUGCGGUGAUGAAUAUUAUUUCAGAGGGCGCAGUAACGUCUGCAGAGAGUGCUGGGAGUACGUCGUCCGGCUGCAAUGAGGCUGAGAAUGCCGAAGAAGGUAGAAGUGCUUCUAGAGCUAUGCAAAACUCACCCGACCGAUGUGGAUCUGAGGCUACGGGCGAUGCGAAUAAGGUUCAGAAGACCUUAAAACUUGUACUUCGAAGUUGCAAGCGCAUUCAUGCCGUUGAAGAAAUGUUGCGGGAGCUCCAGAUACCUAAUCGUAUGAAGAAUAGUCCCGCUUAUUUUCACAUCCGGGACUUUGCCGACAUCGAGAAAGAAUCGUUGACUAAGGAGCUCGUAACUCGCACAUCUGAUAUUUUCCACUUGUCUGAUUACUCUGCUAAACUGCAAGUAGAAAUCGCCAGACAGAACGGCGUUACGUACUUGGGUGUUUUUCUACGUAUUUGCGCAGGUUCGAAUGACUCUUUCUUGAAGUGGCCCUUUACAUUGCCUUAUGCCGUGAUGUUGGUCCACCCAACUUGUGAGAAGAACAAUAUUGAAUGUUUUAUGGAUGACUUCUCAGAAUAUAUAGAUGAGUUGAGCGACUGUUUCUAUAAGCCACUAGAAUCGUCCAACACAGGCUUUGGCGAGCCUGAGUUAUACAAAUUAGAAGACGUAGCUAAGGACGGUUUUGUGUGCAACAACUCAAUAAGUGUUGGCGUAAGAAUUCUAUAAUAUGUUGCUUCGAUCUGACGACCUCAUAUUCACUAGUGUUCUGUAUUGGAAAAUUUUCUCGGACUGCAAUCAGGGAAAUGAAACAGAAACGAUGACGCAAACUGCGUUAUAUCGGAAAUAUAGCAGGCAACGGCGACAGAAACAGAAACGGAUAUCACUCAUUCAAAACACAUUCAGAACGAAAAUAAUUUACGGAAAUAAUUCGGGUACCGCAGGACCCCCAUUAUUACAGUCCUUCACCGUAUAAUUGAGAAAUAUUUAUGAAAUAAAGCUGAACGAAGCAAACUAAAAUGAAUUGAAGAACUAAAACUAGAAUAAACCAUCAAACCGGGAGCACAUAAGUAAACAUGAUGUUAUAAACAGAAAGAAGCAUAGUUUCCAUUCGCUUAAGUUGCAAGUCGGAGUAAUUCGUGUAAACCAUAUGUUCAUGCAUUAGCUAAUCAAAGAAACCAAGUGUUAUAUUUUUCAAUAAAUGUGGUCUGUUGUGUGCA